GAGAUUUAAAAUUUGUUUUCCAAACGAACGCUAUUUUCAAAUUUGUAAUUUGGAAUUUAUACUUUCAGUUAGCAACUGGAAAAUAUAGAUUUAACUUUUAACUCGUAUAUAAACAUGAGUGGUCAAUUAGAAAUUUCACCUUCUCGUUUAAUUUUUAAAGGUCCAUAUAAUAUUGGAUCAGAAACUGAAAUUCUGCUAAAGAAUAAAGAAACUGAAACAGUAUGUUUCAAAAUCAAAGCAAGAGAUCCAAGCAAAUGUCUAGUUUCACCAUCCUUUGGAAGCGUUGAAUCUGAUGAAACGGUUUCAAUUAGGAUUAUACUCUUGCCAGAUGACUCCAACUCGCUAGAAAAAAUGGCACACAAAUUCUUAAUACAAACCAUGCAUCCUCCCAUAAGUGGAAUUGAUCAUGAAAAAAUGUGGACGGAAGCGGAUCCAACAAGCAUCCGAGAAAAAAAGUUGCUAUGUUUCUUUCCUGACGCACCCAACUUGACUUCAUCAACCACCGUUGCGGAAGAAAAGUCAGAUUUGCAGUCGGUUUAUACGUCCAGUAUUACGGAAGACGAAAUAAAUUACUUUAAAAGUUUAAGAGUUGAUAUUGCCAAGCUGACAGAAGGCAUGGGAGAUUUGCAAAAGUCUAACCAUGAAUUAAAGACAGAGCUUUCAUUUUUAAAAUCACAUACAAUUUCUAGAAAUGGAGAUGAAGAUCAAAUAUCGGCAGUCGAAUCAUUACACGGGAAUACGAGCAUAUCCCAAGAUCUUGGAGGUAUAGAGGCAGAAAACACCACUCUUGAAGUUUCAAUAAAACAGGAAAAUCAAUCAGUGUCUUGUUUUCGCUAUACAAUGAUCGCAUCUUUGUGUAUAUUAAAUUUCCUAAUUGGAAUUAUAAUUGAAAAAUGCUUUGACACCGUUUAAAACGUUCAUAACGGGAUAAUUACUAAAUGUUAUUCUAAUUAGAAACGUGUUUAUGUACAGUACACAUUGUACUAUAUAUACAGUAUGCAUCGCGUCAACAUUCUUCUUGAUUUUAAUUGUUAUAUUUAUAUUUUAAUGCAAUAUAACCUUAAAUAAUUUUUCAUUUCAUUAUAAUUACAUUUUUUACAAUUAUCAAACACGAAUUCGUGUUCAUUGUUCGUUCUUUUUUAUCUGAAAAUUAGAUAUUAAAAGUUAGACUAGCAACAGUUUUGCUUCCUGUAAUUUUUAAGUUUUGUUUUAUAUUAUUAUCUUGCAAGAAUCAGUCAUAAAUAGCCGUUGCAAAAACACGGAGUAUGUAAAAUCGAUACUUAUGAAGGAUUCUACUUUACGUUUUUCGCUCUGUGGAUACUGAUUGCAGUGGUGCAUUGUAGCGUCUUAGGGUCCAGGUAAAUUUGAAUUAGGGGCCAGUGUAUAGUGUCGACUUCAGAUUCUUUUCUUCGGAGGAAUUUUUUGGGGAAAAUCUCCCGGAUUCUCUUGGAUUCAAAACUGCCCAUGCCGAAAAAACUAAACAAUUGUAAAUAAAAUUUCAUUAAAACGACACGGUGAGAUAUGACAUUUAUGAACAAUUAUUUUUAAUCCAUAAGAAAAAUUCAUAAAUAACAUACUUACUUGAAUUAAUAUGUACUCAUAAACAACAGUCAUUUGAUAUUGCAAAGAAAAAACAACGUUUUAUAAAUUAAAACAAUUCUUAACAAUACAAUAAAUUGAAAAAAUCGCAAUUACAACGAAAGUUUAAAGAAAAA